GGCCGGCCUGGUUGUCAUGAGAGCGGCGGCCGCAGCCCGGGUGAUGAACGCUGGCGGCCGCGGCUUCUCCUCUGCUGCCGGCGCCGCUGCGGCUCGCGGGUGCGGGCCGGCCCGGGGCGGCGGAGGAGGUGCCACCUGAGCUCCGCCGACGGCGUGGCGCUACCGAGGGGCGGCGGAGGGGGUCGUGCGGGCGGAGGUCCGGGCGAGGCCUGCGGUCCUGACAGCCCCAGCUCACAGAAUGCCCCACAAGAUUGGAUUUGUAGUUGUCAGCUCGUCUGGACACGAAGACGGCUUCAGUGCCCGGGAGCUAAUGAUCCAUGCACCAACCGUCAGCGGGUGGAGGUCACCGAGAUUUUGCCAGUUUCCGCAAGAAAUUGUUCUUCAAAUGGUAGAGAGAUGUCGAAUAAGAAAACUCCAGUUACUUGCUCACCAGUAUAUGAUCUCAAGUAAAAUUGAGUUCUACAUCAGUGAAAGCCUGCCUGAAUAUUUCGUACCGUAUCAAGCAGAGAGAUUUCGAAGACUUGGCUAUGUCUCUCUCUGUGACAACGAAAAGACGGGCUGCAAGGCCCGGGAGCUAAAAUCCGUGUAUGUGGAUGCAGUAGGCCAGUUUCUUAAGCUGAUUUUUCACCAGAACCACGUCAACAAAUACAAUGUAUAUAAUCAGGUUGCUCUGGUUGCAAUAAAUAUCAUUGGGGACCCUGCAGAUUUCAGUGAUGACAGCAAUAUUACCUCUAGAGAGAAGCUGAUUGACCAUUACCUGGGGCACAACACCGAGGACCCAGCUCUGGAAGGAAGCUGUGCUGGGAAGUCUGACUAUAUUUCUCCACUGGAUGACUUAGCUUUCGAUAUGUACCAAGAUCCAGAAGUUGCACAGAUAAUACGCAAAUUAGAUGAAAGAAAACGUGAAGCUGUCCAAAAGGAGCGCUAUGACUACGCCAAGAAACUGAAACAAGCUAUUGCUGAUUUGCAAAAGGUCGGCGAGCGCCUCGGAAGGUACGAGGUGGAGAAGCGCUGCGCGGUGGAGAAGGAGGACUACGACCUCGCCAAGGAGAAGAAGCAGCAGAUGGAGCAGUACCGCGCCAAGGUGUACGAGCAGCUGGAGCUGCACAGCCUCGCGGACGCCGAGCUGAUGCGAAGGCCUUUUGACUCGCCCCUCCAGCCCCUUGUUCACUCUGGCAGUCCUCGCCACCAGCCAGCAACGCUCUCGCUACCACAACAAGAAGAAAGGGUGACAGAAAACCGGUUUGCAGACCCUUUCCCCCAGGAGAAGCCUUCGUCACAUUCCCUGGACAUUUCUCCGCAGCACCCCACAGGGGACUGGGCGCCGCCCACCAUAGACCCUCCUCGCAGGACCCAUCUCGAGUCUCUGCCCUACGAUGAGCGGCCGCUUCCCGCCGUCCGCAAGCAGCCUGGGGCUGCAGCUGUGGGACCAGAAAAGAGUGACGGGGACGUCAGCGAGGGUCCCAGAGCAGGCGCUGCAGGCGACCCAGAGCCUUUAACGGAGAAGGCCUUGAGAGAAGCCAGCUCUGCCGUCGAUGUCCUUGGGGAGGCCUUGGUUGCCGGGGCCUAUUCCAAGACGUGGUCACACCGGGAAGAUGCACUGCUCGCCUUGUAUAAACAGCUGAUGGAGAUGCCUGUUGGAACCCCAAAAGAAGAUUUAAAGAGCACACUGAGAGCAUCGGUAUUUCUCAUUAGAAGAGCCAUCAGAGACAUAGUGACCCCGGUCUUUCAGGCUUCUUUGAAAUUGUUGAAAAUGAUAAUUACACAAUAUAUUCCUAAACAUAAACUGAGUAAACUUGAAACAACUCACUGUGUGGAAAGAACCAUUCCCAUUUUGCUCACCAGAACUGGAGAUUCUUCUGCUCGGCUCCGUGUUAUAGCUUCAAAUUUUGUUCAGGAAAUGGCCUUGUUUAAGGAAGUUAAGUCUCUCCAAAUUAUUCCAUCUUAUCUGGUACAACCGUUCAAAGCAAAGUCUUCCCCUCACGUGGCGCUGAGCCAGGUGGCCCUCCUCGCGCGACUGCUGAGAGACCUGGGCCUGGAGUGCUCGGGCCUCACCGCCGACAGCGUGAUGAAGUUUUCAGUGAGUGCCCUGGAGCACAGAGUGUAUGAGGUUCGAGAAACUGCAGUUACAAUUAUCUUGGACAUGUAUAAACAGCACGGGGCUUCUGUCCUGGAGUACCUCCCUCCAGACGACAGCACCACGCGCAAGAACGUUCUCUACAAAACAAUUUUUGAGGGAUUCGCUAAAAUAGAUGGCAGGCCUACAGAUGCUGAAAUUAGGGCACAGAAAAAAGCAGCUACAGAAGAAGCAGAAAAACGAAAGAAAGAAGAAAUUAAAGCUUUACAAGGGCAGCUGGCAGCACUGAGAGAAAUGCAGGCCGAGGUCCAGGAAAAAGAAAGCGAUGCUGUGAAGGCAAAGAACCAGGACACUCAAGGAAGAAAAGCAGCCCCGCCUGAUGCUGCAGAAAUUCCAGAUAAUCACUAUCUGGACAAUUUAUGUAUUUUUUGUGGGGAAAGGAGUGACUCCUUCACAGAAGAAGGCCUGGAUCUCCAUUACUGGAAGCAGUGCCUCAUGCUGACGAGAUGUGACUACUGCAAACAGGUGGUCGAGAUAUCCAGCUUGACGGAGCACUUGCUGACAGAAUGUGACAAAAAAGACGGGUUUGGAAAGUGUUACCGCUGCAGCGAGGCCAUUUUAAAAGAAGAGCUGCCUAGACACAUAAAAAUGAAAGACUGUAACCCUGCCAAAUCAGAAAAGCUGGCAAACCGGUGUCCUUUGUGCCAUGAGAACUUCACACCUGGAGAAGAGGCAUGGAAAGCUCACCUCAUGGGCCCCGCCGGCUGCACAAUGAACCUGCGCAAGACACACGUGCUGCACACGGCUCCGACUCUGCCACUGGGUAAAAGCCCAGCUGUGACCAAAUCAGGGACCUCAGGACCAAAGGCCGGAAGCAAGAUCCCAACCCCAAAGGGAGGCCUGAGUAAGGGCUCUGGCAGGACAUACACAAAGCGAUGACAGCACUCCGUCCGUCUCCUUUGUCUCCAUGAGAGACAGAGCGAGUUUCCUGACUGUGAACCAUUUCUCCUAAAACCACCUUUGGAUGUGGCGCCCCCGUGCCCACCCCUGCCGUCCCUCAGCUCCUGGCCGUGCUCGUCCUUCCUUGUCGGCACCGUGUGUGGAACUGACCAAAGCCCUGCAGCCCAGUUAGGAGCUGGUCUCGCUGUCGUUUCAAGCUGCCAGGCCUCUGCCUUCUCAGGCGCAGAGUCAACAGAGGAGGAGUCGUUCUGUUCAGAGAGGGUCCGCCUCCUGGCCGGGAGCUCACUGAGCGCAGUGGCCGGGCAGGUCCGUGUGUGAAGGGCACAGUGCGAGCCCAGCGUCCUCUGUGCACAACCGCCUGGAGCGACCCCCGGAGCUUCACUGUGACCUCCGCGUUUGGUCUCCCACGGGGUGCAAGGUCCGCAGGGCUCUGCUCGCUGCUAAGCAGUGACACGAUUGAGAGCCGCGGCAUGCUCGAGGAUCUCCCUGUGCCUUCUCCUCCCGCAGGCACUGUCUGCUCGGCCAUCUGCUCACUGCCCCUCCUCGCAGGGCAGGAGGGCGGUCAGUACCCACACAACUGUGUUUCCACUAGAGCAAAAAAUAAAGGUAAAAAACACGCGUUCCUGAGACUUGGUGCCCGUCAGCACUCACCCUGCUAGGUGCUCCGUGCACAGUGCUCUGUCUCUGGCAGACUUGCCCUCGUGGCAGACCCCCCCCCAGCCCCCAUCCCCACCCCACAGUCAGUCCCAGGGGAACUGAGGUCACACUGGUGUGGGUCACGUCAUGCUUUUCCUCAGGGGCCUUCACAGUCUUUACACGUGCGAAGUGCUAAAAACAAUGAUGAAAUGACUUCCCACCGGUUAUCCUGGGCUACCCAGCCACCGGUGUCGUCGCUCAGAACAGCCCCUUCUGAAACCCUCGGGGCGGUGCAUUGUCCUGACUCCAGCACGUGGUCACUUCUACUUUGUUUAACAUUCACAAGGGGGCCUUCAACACAGAACCGCAGACUCAGACCGCCAGGCUCGGGCUGUCCCCCUGUCCCCCUCAAAUCCACAUUGUAAUCAACUGUGAGUCCACUUUCCCAGACACUUCAUAUGAUACUUAAAACACCAAAACGUCGCUUAAAAUGAUGAAACCAAACCUCAAAACCCAGUCUCCUGCCCAGCCCUCGUGCCCCGGGGAAGUGGUCCACCUUGCUUCAUGUCUGGCAGUGGGGGGGAAAGCCGGCAUUUGUCUGAAGUCUGCUCGGAAACAAACCCCUGAGGCCAAGGCAACUGGAGACCAAGGAAGUUGGCCUCCCCAUCCCGCCACGUGCCCGGCGCGCCUUCCUCCUGAGCGCUGCACGGGCAGGCUUUCCACACGCCAGCUGGAAAUGCAUGGAUUGAUGAGAUUGGUACUACCCUGUUAGUGUAUAAAUAUUUUUAAUGCCGAACCUUGUCAAACAACAAAAUCUAUUUUAGAAAACUAACAGCUAGUGACCAUGAAUAUGCACUAAUCAAUCUGCAUUCUUGGUAAACUAAUACCUUCUCAUAUGGUUAACUCAAAAUACAGCCAGAGUGAGACUGAUCAAGAGAAUUACCUUCAAAAAGAUGCUCUAUUAAAAAGUAAGUGUGGAGGAGGAAUAAGGUGAAGCUUUCCUAGAAAAGCAGAGUACAGAUGCCGGGUUAACUGUAAAAUGAUCCUUCCUGGUUUCGCAAAGCUGCUGGCUCCUGUCGUCUGGCCACGUUUGAAGCACAGAUAAAACGCUUCUUCAAAUAAAACAAACGGGGAAAGUCAACCGGGAAAUUAUUCUCUCUCUCCAAUUAAAACUUAAGAAAUACAUAUGUCAUGUUUUCUAUAUAUUGUAACAAAAUAUUUAUAAAAAUAUUUAAUUUUUAGUGAUUGACAGACAAAAUUGGGUGCAUUGAAAACAGGUUAGUCUUGUCACAGAGAAAUCAUGCAUUUAUGUUGAAAUGACUCCUGGCAGUGAUUAGUGGCUAUUAAAAGCUUUACAGAGUUAUGUACUAUGAAGGAACCAAGAAUAGAGGAUAAAAAAUUAAAAAGGAACUGUAAGAUCCCUUGGCCAUUCAUAAAUAAAUAUCUAAAUUUGGAACAGUAAUUAAAAUUGAAUUUUCAUUCAUGAAUAUGUUGUGGCUAUUUAACAAUAUUUCUAUUUUCAUAUUUCAAAAUAUUCUAUUAAUUUAAAAGUUGUGUCUAUAAAUGUGGUAUUAGAAUACAAAUGUAAAUACUUUUAAUGAAAAUUUGCAACUUUCUCAUGUUUUAA